AUGGUCUAUUCUCAAGAAUACGACACUAUUGUUGAUGGGCCUCCGUGCCUAAUAUUUCCUAGUGAUAAUGAAUCAAACACUUCGUCAGCUAAACUCGCGAAACCGAAAAUGAACGUCGCAAAGUCCAGCUCACUGGCUCCACCUUCAUCUAGCGCAAAGCAGCGCAAACCAGAAAAGACAGCAAUGGGAACACCAGCAGUCACUUUUGCUGGUAUUCACAAAAAAAAUGUAAAAUCUUCUGCAACUCCAGUAGCAACUACAAACGCCAAAACGAACUCACAGAUGAAAAAGUUUGGUUUACAACCUCCUACUCAUGAAAAACACUCUCGAACUCCAAAACUUGAAAAACAAAGCCAUAAUACUGUUCAUUAUCAUAAUAAUAAUAAUAAUAAUACCUUGGCUGUCCCCCGUUCUCCUUAUAUAAACGAGAAACAACAGUUACAUGCUGUCAACUUACAGCAACAACAACCUCAGUUACCCAGAUAUACUACCCCUAAUGUUGCAGUACCAGUAUCACAACUACAACCACAACCACCACAACAAUCAGAAGCAAUUCAAGCUGAAGUCCCCAUGGCAUUUAAAGUUGCUGGUGGUGCAUGGGAUUAUCUUAAACAAAUCUUCAAACCUCCACUAGUAACCACAGUCAGACCAGAUAUUGGUACUAUUCAAAACACUGCUAUUCCUGGCCAGUUCUCUCCUACUGGCCAGCAGUUUCAACAAAAUAGGCCCCCUCCUUACUUUCAGCAAGCACCUCAACGUUCACCAGCUCCUGCUCAUUUAAACGUUAUUCAUAAUCAACAGGCUACUGGUGUUCCUUUAGGAGCCCCCCUAAUAGCACCACAAGCUGGGUUCUCCCAGAUUCCUCCACAGCAAACUUUAGGACAAUUCCAACAAUGGAUACCUUCUAAUCCAAACAACGCUGGCCCUCGUCCGUUAGGCCUUGUACCGGGAGCAGCUUUUGGUACUCCUUUAAUGUCGCCAAUUACCGGGGUUGGUGUAAAUAAUCAUGUGCCUCCAUCAUCCGGUCCUCCACAUGCAAGUUUAAAAUACCCCGAUUUUUUCCCAAAAGAAGAUUCAGUUAACUACGAUCAAAUGUAUCUCAAAAUUAUUGAGGAAGACAACAAAGUUAAAUCUGGAAAGUCAAAUCAUUCUCUUUCGCAUAGACAAACUCCUAUUGAUUUGAUCAGAUCUGCCUCGACACCAUUGUUUGUGCUCAUUGCUUCGGUUAUUGCUCUUGCUAUGACCAGCUCCACAGUUCCUAGCACAAAUUUCUUUCAGCAAAUUGCAGGCUAUAUCAACUCGUUGGUCCGAACAUGUGCCGCGGUUGGUGGUUUGAUCAGUGCCAUCUUUUUAGGCAUCAAAUUUAUGACUGCUUCUCCAGCGACUAAUCGUGGAAAAGCUAGCAAUUUCGAAAUGAAGUUUGUCGCUGGCCAGUCUCUUGGAGAUGAAUAUGGCCAAAACCACUAUAACAAUGAAAGAAUCUCGCCAUUUGUGUCUCCACACUUUUUUCCAGCCUAUGUACCUCCUCAGCAAAAUCAAAUCUUUUACCCAAACCCCCCUCCGUUGAGUUUCAUACCCCCCUCAUAUAUUUCUCCGAUGAUAUCUCCUAAUAUGAUUUCAGUAACACCUCAGGUUAUGCCCACCCAAAUUCCAAUGUCUUCAAGUAUAGUUACACCUCAACUCCAUGUUCAACCGCCCACCAUUCCUAAUUCUCAAAAUACGAAACUGUCAGGAUCAACGCUCCAAGUUCCACUUCAAACGCCGUCAACAAUACUUCCAGGGACACCCAUUUCUCGGACUGCAUCAGGCCAACUUUCCCCUGGAAUGUUGAAGCCGGAACUACUUUCUUCAGCUAAAAGUAAUAAGGAGAAUCCUCCUCCAUUGAAUAAGUACUUGUCGAAUAUUGGCGUUUCUUCAGCAACAGAAACACCGUUAAAUGAAGGUGCAACAAAAACUUCAUUAAACACACCAGCACAAAAUAUUUCUGAGCGAGUGGCUACCCCGGCUCUACCCCAAUUGGCACAAACGCCGUCCCCAAUUUUCCCAUUUGCUCAGACACCAACUUCUGUGCUUACCAAUGCUUCUAUUGCUAUGCCAAAUAAUGUUUUGAAAACCCCGCUUCAGAUCCCAGAUCCACAUAAAAUGGGCACUCCUUUACCAGCCACUGUGCCAGCUCCUGUGCCAGCUCCUGUCCCUAUAAUGUUGCCGGCCUCUCAACCAGCACUUGACCCAGAAGCAAAUGUACAGGCCAGCAACAAGGGAUUUGUCAAGCACAUUUCCUUUGUCCCUGCAGGCACGAUUCUAGACGAUAUGAAAUAUUUACCAGAUGAAAAGAUUGAUCCUGCAAAGUUACGAUAUUUUGAUCUUGCAGAUGAUAAACUACGCAACGAUUUGAAGGAGGAGUUGUUGCUGCGCAGCAACCAUGGCCACAUUUUGAUGCCACCAUUGCCUAAUGUUGAUGAUCCUGGUUUAGAACAUUUGGAGUUGCUUAAAGGUUCAUAUGCAACUUUCCCGUUAAAUAUGGAGACUUUAAAAGAAAAUCUUUCUGAUCGUGGGCUAAUGGGUGAGAAGCUGCCGCCGAUUAAUUACAAGCAGAUGUAUGAGGUCUUUGAAAAGAGGCUGGAUGCGGUAUCUAUGAGGCCUGCGAACGCCAGCAAAGACAAGGAUGGGACCAAGACCUUUGCGGAAAAAAAGGAGGAGCAGAUUAAGAGCAUUUUGAAAACUCCUAGUAAGAUCAAGUCUGCAACAUUACCUGGUGAUGCUAUUUUGGACGAUUAUUAUGUGGACGAUUACGCUUGCAAGCCGUACGGACCACCUCCUAAGCGAUAUCGCGCUCUUCGGGUAUAG